CGGUCAGGCCUCAGGCAGUGGCAGUGUGGAGGGAAUAGCACCUAAAUUGACAAAAGUUUUAGCAGAGGUAAAGGCUAGCUGGUAUGGGGGAGGUAGUGUGUUCCUCAGCAGCAAGGACGCAGGCCAUCAGAGAACUAGAAGGUCAGCCCAGUUAGACUUGGGGGUCGGAGCAUGGAGUUUGCCAUCAGCAGUGGGGAGGUCACGGCCUACCCUAACAGCAACACAGUUAUUGGAGGAGAGUGGUACAGGUCAGAGCUGUGAUUUAGAAAGGCCCCUCUGCUGCUGGGUAGAGACCACACUGGGGCGGAAGGGGCAGCUGGGAUGGGCUAGGGAACCCCCAUGGGCAAAUGUUGUGACUCAUGUUGAGAAGUCAGGUGUCCUGGACAGGGGGGCAGCAAUGGAGAUGGAAAAACAAUGGAUGAAUUUGGAAGAUGGAAUCAGCAAAACUUGGCCAAGCGGGCAGUGCAGCGGGGAGCCACUGCGGUCAUCUUUGAUGUGUCGGAAAACCCCGAAGCUAUUGACCAGCUAAACCAGGGCUCAGAAGACCCGCUCAAGAGGCCAGUGGUGUAUGUGAAGGGUGCAGAUGCCAUCAAGUUGAUGAACAUUGUCAACAAACAGAAAGUAGCUCGAGCAAGGAUUCAGCACCGCCCUCCUCGACAACCCACUGAGUACUUUGAUAUGGGGAUUUUCCUGGCAUUCUUCGUCGUGGUCUCCCUGGUCUGCCUCAUCCUCCUUGUCAAAAUCAAGCUGAAGCAGCGGCGCAGUCAGAACUCCAUGAACAGGCUGGCUGUACAGGCUCUGGAGAAGAUGGAAACCAGAAAGUUCAACUCCAAGAGUAAGGGGCGCCGGGAGGGGAGCUGUGGAGCUCUGGACACACUCAGCAGCAGCUCCACGUCCGACUGUGCCAUCUGCCUGGAGAAGUACAUUGAUGGAGAGGAGCUGCGGGUUAUCCCCUGUACUCACCGCUUUCACAGGAAGUGCGUGGACCCAUGGCUGCUGCAGCACCACACCUGCCCCCACUGUCGACACAACAUCAUAGAGCAAAAGGGAAACCCAAGCGCCGUGUGCGUGGAGACCAGCAACCUCGCGCGCAGCCGGCAGCAGAGGGUGAUCCUGCCGGUGCACUACCCCGGCCGCGUGCACAGGACCAACGCCAUCCCCGCCUACCCGACCAGGACAAGCAUGGACUCUCACGGGAACCCUGUCACCCUGCUGACCGUGGACCGGCACGGGGAGCAGAGUCUCUAUUCCCCACAGACCCCCACCUACAUCCGCGGCUACCCGCCCCUCCACCUGGACCACAGCCUGGCCCCGCACCGCUGCGGCCUGGAGCACCGGGCCUACUCGCCAGCUCACCCCUUCCGCAGGCCCAAGUUCAGCGGCCGCAGCUUCUCCAAGGCAGCUUGCUUCUCCCAGUACGAGACCAUGUACCAACACUACUACUUCCAGGGCCUCAGCUACCCUGAGCAGGAGGGCCAGGCCCCCGCCGGCCUUACCCCCCGGGGCCCAUCCCGUGCCUUCCCCCCGAGUGGCGGCGGCAGCCUGCUCUUCCCCACCGUGGUGCACAUGGCACCACCCUCCCACCUCGAGAGUGGCAGCACGUCCAGCUUCGGCUGCUACCACGGCCACCGCUCAGUGUGCAGCGGCUACCUGGCCGACUGCCCUGGCAGCGACAGCAGCAGCAGCAGCAGCUCGGGCCAAUGCCACUGCUCCUCCAGCGACUCCGUAGUGGAUUGUACCGAGGUCAGCAACCAGGGCGUGUACGGGAGCUGCUCCACCUUCCGCAGCUCCCUCAGCAGUGACUAUGACCCCUUCAUCUACCGCAGCCGGAGCCCCGGUCGCACCAGCGACGUGGGGGGCUCGGGCAGCUCAGGCCGGGGGCCUGUCGUGUGCCUCGAGGGCUCCCCGCCACCUGACGAACUCCCAGCGGCCCACGGUCAAGGUGCAGGGCGGGGAGAGCCUUGGCCUGGCCCCGCCUCGCCCUCGGGGGACCAGCUGUCCACCUGCAGCCUGGAGAUGAACUAUAGCAGCAGCUCCUCCCUGGAGCACAGGGGGCCCACUAGCUCUACCUCAGAAGUGGGGCUCGAGGCUUCUCCUGGGGCUGCCCCGGACCUCAGGAGGACCUGGAAGGGGGCCCGCGAGGGGCUGUCGUGUGCCUGCUGCUGCGAGCCCCAGCCCUCCACACUGGAGCCCAGCGUCGGAGUGGCCGGGGGCAGCACACUGUUCCUGGGCGCCCCGGGUGGGGAAGCUCAGCCAGGAAGCCCCCAGGGCCUGUACGGCCUUCACCCAGACCAUUUGCCCAGGACAGAUGGGGUGAAAUAUGAGGGCCUGCCCUGCUGCUUCUAUGAAGAAAAGCAGGUGGCCCAUGGCAGCGGAGGGGGCAGCGGCUGCUACAACGAGGACUGCUCGGUGAGCGUGCAGUACGCGCUUGCCCAGGAGCCCCCGCCCGGCUGCCACCCGGGGGCCCGGGACCUGAGCCAGCGCAUCCCCAUCAUUCCAGAGGAUGUGGACGGUGACUUAGGCCUGCCCUCGGACUGCCAAGGGACUUGUGGCCUCGGCCCCUGGGGUGGGACGCCGGGCCCGGAUGCCCUGCGACCCCACAGAGGCCUAGGAGUGGCCCGGGAAGAAGAACCAGUUCUGUGCUGCCAGGCUGGGGUGCUGCUCUCGCCCAGCUGCCCUCUGGAAGGUGCAGAGGCCACCAGGGCUGGCUUUCCUGGUGCCCCCCAGGACACUCAGGAGUCCAGCAUCACAGCCACUGAGGCUGCAGGACAGAGAUCUCGCCCAGCAGACAGUGGCACGGGAGCCUGAGCUCAGAAGGAACUCAUACGUGGAAAUGGGGACUAUAUGGAGACUCCAAGCUCUGACUUCCUUCAGAAAAAAAAAAAAAAAUUUUUUUUUAGCAUUGACAAACACACAAAAGUGGUAAUAAAGAGAGCCCUCCUUCUCAACCCAAAAUGUGAGCCACCUGUGGCAAACUGCCCCCACCCCACCCCCAUUAACAAACCAACAGACAAAAUUUCUCUGAGUCCUUUGCCUCUUUUGAUAACAUGGUAUAUUCUGUUUUGUAAAGUGUGUGUGCUUGGGGUUCUGAGGUGUGUGGGAUUGAGUUCUCUGCUUUGUUUUUUAAGAUAUUAUAUGUAAAUGUAAAAAGUUAUUUAAAUAUAUAUUUUAAAGAACCCUAACCGCCAACUUUUGCUGAAAAAGAAAAAAAAAAAAAAAGAAAUCACUGCUGCAUUAAUUGAACCACAUCGUGUAGAUACUGUUGUCUCCCAGGAGGGAGCUCAGGCCUUUGAAAAGCUCAGGGCUACACCUGCCUUAGAAAAUGAACCAGAAACUUGAAGUAAAGCUAGUUGAUAUGGGUACAAACUCUGAGGAACAAUGCAAUGCUGCCUCUUUCUUUCUUGUGGUAAAUCCCAACGUACAAAGUUUCGGGUCUUCUCAGAAGCCAUGCCUCUCCAGCUCACACCUGUAGGCAGCUGACGGAAACAGCUAGGAAUAGGGCGGAAGGUCUGCAGCUCUGAGGAGCUGGGACAAGCCAUUGCCACACAAGCCCCGGAGUGACAGGGAUGAUGCAGCCCAGCGUCUGUCCCUUCGGGUCAUCGUCUUAGGUGAAAGGACAGAGUUCACAGUCCUGAACUUGGACUUCCUGCCACUGGCUGCAGAAAUGGUUGGAAGGGGUGUGUGGGGAUGAACACCCAGGAGGAAUGUCGUUUUGCAGCCUUAGUGUCUGGGCGGGGUGGGGGGCUGAAAGUGGUCUCACUAACCCAGAGAAGGGACAGGGGGCGCUAGAGAGUGCCUGCACACAGGCAUCUGUGUGGGCACAGCCAGUGUCCUGAGGCUGCCUUCCUGGGGGGCCCCACGGGGUCAGCACCGAGCUCCCUCCGUUGGAGUGAUGCAUUUCCCAUCCCAUCCCCUGUGGAAGCCCCGCUUCAGGGUUAUUCAGCCCGCUGCCUCAUGGCUGAACUUGCUCAUCUCGCCUGCAAAUGUCUACUAUCCCUUCUACCUAAUGCACUAUUAUGUAUUGAUUCUCCGUGAGACAGAGAAAGAGACUAUCAGAUAGUUUAGACCCAAAGGGUAGGAUUUUGUAUAUUUUUCCAGCCUUUUGCUAUUCUUGUUUUUAAGAGGGAGGGAGAGUUUUAAAACCCAAACCAUUUUUUUUUAAAAGAUGUUUCCAUUGUAAAAGGGAGAAUCUAUUUAAAGCUAUUUCAGAUCAGGGAUUGUCAUCCUUUUUGUCCAAUGUACUUCUUGUUCUUAAAGGGUUUUUUUUGUUGUUGUUGUUGUUUUUGUUUUUUUGUUUUUGGUUUUUUUUGUUUGUUUGUUUUUUUAAGAAGAAACUAAUCACAUUAGCCCCUUGUGUUCACUAACUCCUCUGGUCACUUUCAUUUUAUCCAUUUAUUGUCAUCUGAAAUGCUCAUUUGCGGAAUAGGAACCUCAUGGCCUAGCCCCCCUGUAGUGGGGAAACAGAGACUGCCCAGGCUUGCCCUUCAACAAUGGUGAUACCCCCUCUCCAGUAAGUUCAGGGGAAGUCAGUCCAGGGUCCAGAUGAGAAUGUUUUUGACUGAGAAUCUCACUGUAUCCCAAUUCUUUUUGCUUUUUUUUUUUUUUUUUUUUUUUAAACCCAGCCCGUGAUGAGGACAUUUAGCCUUCUAGCCAGGCUUUGACAGAAAGAAAUUCUAGCAUCAAAUGAUCAAGCCAUUUGCCAUUUAGGAACUCAAUGCAGUGAGAUUUGUCCUCCAGCCUCUGAGGUAUAGUCCUUUGGGGGCUGCUGCCCCCCGCCCCCACCCCGGCCUAUGCCCAGCACACCUGUUGGCGAGGGUGUGAGAAGCGCCUAAGCUGUUGACAUGUGAUCCGGGCUGCCUUUAUUUCUCAGGCCAGGAGUAGCAGCUGCUGAGGACAACAGCUUGCAUUACGUGGUUUUAGGGAAGGGGGUGGGGGGUAUGGCUUCUAACAUGAACUGCAAAAAGCAGCUUCUCAUUGUUGAGAUUUUUGUUUUUUGUCGUUUUGUUUUUAAUGCCUUUGAGUGCACAUUAUCUCCUUUGUCUGAAACCAUACCCUCAAAGUGGCUUUCUUUAGCCCAGUCUGGGAAACUACUCCUCAAUAGCCUUAAGCAAUAAAUAGAUGAGUAGAUAAUGUGGCUUCCACGGGGCUUAUUAAAAUAAAUGUGUCCAAUUUUCAUUUGAAAGAGCAAUAAUUACAGAUGGCAAAAAGAAACAACAUUUAAUUUUUGUACUUUACAGGGCAGUAGAAGCAGAAAAGUGAAAAUGUUAAAAUUUUGAAUAUCAGCCAUUGUCUUAAAUUCACCAGACAGGGAGGUCACCAGAAUAUAGGAACAACUCUAUUAUUGCCUCACCAUUUAAAUCAAAAGAAAUGUCUUCUUUGAAGAUUUUAAGACUCCAGUAAUCAUGACCUUUGUCAGUGGCCUCUCAGUGGUGUGUUGGGGUCAUAUAGCCUUGGAAACUGGGAGCAUCACAUUUUCCAUUGAGAAUCUGCACCAUCACUGCCCACCCCCAAGCCAGAUUGUGACUGUUAGGCCUGGUCCCCAUGGCCAAGCCCUGGGUAUAGGACAGCCAUGUAAACUGCAGAGUACUGGAACCAGUUAAAAAUAUGGGGGUUUGGGAAUUCUGAUCAACAAGGUACCUCUCUAUGCUGGCUCUGACUCUCUCAAUCUCUCCCACCUCUCUUGAACCCAAGCCAUUUUAUAAAGCCCAAUCUGCUGUCCCACCACUCAGACCCUCCCUUAUGUGCUGCUAGUUUCUACUCAAAGCUCAUGCAGGACUAAUGCUUUUAAAAUGAGGUCUAAAAAAUAAUUACUAAUCUGAGUAUUAUUUUUUAAACAGACCUGCCUUUUUCUAUUCUUUAUAUAGACUCUAUUGUGUUGGUCUAACGACACUAUUUUAAAAUGUUUUGUUUUGUUUUGUUUUUUAUUUCUCCCAUAGCACUUAAAAGAUAUUUUGUAAAGACUUUGCUGUAAAGAUUUUGUAAUAAAAUGGUCUAAGGGCUCCUUCUCCAACAUUACCAUUUUUUUUAAUGUUUUAAAGGCUAGAAAACAACUUAUGUAUAUUCUGUAUAUGUAUAGCAGCACAUUUCAUUUAUGGAAAUAUGUUCUCAGAAUAUUUAUUUACUAAUAUAUUUAUCUUAAGCCAUGUCUUAUGUUGAGAGCGUGACAUUGUUGGAAUAAUCAUUGAAAAUGACUAACACGAGGCCCUGUAAAUACAUGAUAAUUGCACACAGAUUUUACAUAUUUGCCGACCAAAAAUGAUUUCAAACAAGUUGUAGUCUUCUAUGGUUUUGUAACAAAUUGUACAAAUGACUGUAAAAAAAAAAAAAAUACAAUUUUAUCAAGUAUGCGUUA